AUGGACGCAAAUUCGAGUUCCUGGACAACAGUUCGGGAAUUUCUUCGGGACAACGACCAACAUUCUAUCGCAUGUUUCGAAUCAGUCAACUGGGAUCAGCUAUGUCAAAUCGCCUCGAAUGCCAAUCGCAACUUGGAAUGUGUGGCUCUUGAUCAGAUAACGAGUGGACUCAACAAUGUCGUCCGUCAACUUGAGUUUUCCGACAAGACUCGCUGGGCAGCCAGGAUUCCCAUCAUCAGAAACCAGCGUCUCGCUUCUUACAGCACGAAGCUAGACAAUGAAAUAGCAGCCAUGCAGUUUAUUCGAGAAAAUUCCAGUUUGCCAGUCCCCCGAGUCUUUGCGUACGACACUGACGCAAACAAUGGCGUCAAAACUGCUUAUAUGCUCAUUGAGGUCUUGCCCGGCAUCGUUGCUAUGGAUGCUCUCGGUGGUCAUAAAGUACACGGUGGUGUGAUCCCUAUGCGGUACCGGCAGACCUUCUAUCGCUCCGUUGCGGAGUGUCAUAUCCAGAUGACAUCAAUGCGACUUCCGAAAAUUGGGACUAUCAUCCGCAAUGAGGACGGCGAAUACGAGUCUGGGCCGAUUCCGGGGAUCGGGGGCCCGUUCGAUACAGCGGCGGCUUUUUUUGAGGCAUGGGCUGAUAAGGUUGAUUUCAAGCUUGACAAGGAAACAAUCACGCAAAUGAUGCAGAGAAGCCCAGUAUCAGCGGCUGAAAUGACUCGGAUUGUCGAGGAGUUCCCAUCGCAGAUCAAAAGCAUGGCCAAACAGCUGGACUUAUACAACAACGGGCCAUUUCCUCUGUGCCAUGAUGAUUUCCUCCACAGCAAUAUCUUGGUCGACGAGGCUAGCUUCAACGUGACGGGAGUUAUUGAUUGGGAGGGGGCAUGCACGGUCCCGUGGGUGCUCGUAGCGUACCCCGAAUUCCUUCAAGUCAUGCCCAGGUCAUUCGACCUGCCCCAGCAUUACGACGAAGACGGGCAACCCCUCAAGGAGAGCGUGAGAGAAAGAUGGUCCGAGCAGCGAGACUAUGUUGACAUGGUGAAAUCAGUGGAACGUGAGGAUAACCUACUCUCGGCUUGUCUCAGCAGCAACUUGAACCAGGCUCUCGCUUAUUCCUAUGGAGCGUUUACCACUGGAAAAUUGGGAUUUUAUGAUAGAGUUGUAGCGCAAUUGAAAGAAGGACGGUAUAUUUAA